AGACUGUAUGGAAAGAAAGGUGACAGUUUCUCGUGAUGUGACGAAAAGACCAUUGGAAAAUGGUGUCGCUGAAAGCUAAGAAAAGGUUGACUUAUUUUACAAUAGGUACAUACUUUUUCAUGGGAGGAGUCGAAUAUGCUGUGAUCCUGCCCAGUGCCUGGUUGUACCUCCACAACCGCUUCAGUGCGGAGGAGUACUUCCUGGGUCUCAUGCUGUCCGCCUUCAGCUUCUCAGGGAUGUUUGCUGGGCCCCUGAUGGGCAGAUGGGCAGACAAGUCGCGCCGAGUGAGGGUUAUACUACUGUUUGCUGCACUGUUCGAAAUCGGAGGCAGCUUCAUGUACUUCAUAGGAAUGUCCAAGUGGUUCCUGGUUGCCAGUCGACUGGUUGCAGGUGUUGGCGUUGGCGGUGAGGCUGUGAUUUUGGCAGAGAUUGCCCGCUUCACCACAGAACAAGAGAGGACAUCGGUCAUCUCAAUACUAAUAGCUGUCCGUCAGUGUGGGCUGUUGCUAGGCCCUGGCUUCAACUUCUUCCUGUCACUGGUAGACUUCUACAUUGGACCAUUCCCAGUGGACAGGUUUUCAUCACCAGGGCUUCUUAUGGCCUUUAUGUGGGUGAUCAUGGAGCUGCUGUUGCUGCUUCUCUUCUCGGAACCGGGAGUGAUAUUCCGGCAGAUGCGUGUGAUGAAUCAAGUGGAGACAGCGUACACACCGCUGUCAGACGAAGAGGAGGAACAGUACACAGAGAUUCCCCCUCAAACCGUCACGUACGACGAUGUGUACCCAGACUUGACUUGCAACACCCCCGCCAGUGCUAUCCCUACAGCCAUUCAGAGCACUGAGUGUGUUCCUAAUGGAGGUACAAGCACCGCGACACCAAACAUGUAUGGCUCUAUUGGCAACGCAUCAAUAUCCGAUAUAUCGGUAGCAAGCUACGGGUCUGUUGGUGAUGAAUCGCUAGGCACUGUAUCUAUUGGAAAUUCCUCUGAACUUAUUGAGUCUGCAGAAAGACUUAUGCAAAGUGACUCUUCGGGGGUCAGUGAGAAGGGCAAAGUAACAAGUCGACAGAACAGUCGCAGUAGAAAACUAAAAGCACUUUUAGAUUCCAAGGAACAUUCAGUGUUGCCAAGAAUAGAAAGUGUCUCCGAUGUGAAGGAUCCUUUCACCGAAGGAAGACUUAAGUUCUUAUAUGAUGAAUAUAUUCGAGAAGAAAUAGUUGUACUGUUAGGAUUACAGUUUAUAACUAUAUUUGCUCAGGUGACACUAGAGACUAUGUUAACUCCGUUGACAGACAAGUUGCUGCACUGGAAUGAACUUCAGAACAGCUUCCUGUACUGUGGGGCGGGCGUGGAGAUCAUCUUAAUAUUUGUACUGACAAGCUGGUUGAGUCGAAAGAUCGAAGAUCGUUAUUUGAUUGCGAUAGGCGGCUUCAUUCUGACGUCUGCCAACGUGUGGUACCUCUACUUCCUGCCUUCUUGUACCCCAGAUAACCCGGGCUGGACGUUACCAGGUUUUAUUGCUGGCACUAUCCUAGAUGUGGCCGGUCUGCCUUUCCUGUUGGUGUGUGGGGUGUCACUGUAUUCUAAACUCACACGCAAGGAAACACAGGGUUUGAGCCAGGGUAUACGACGUAGUGUGACGGGUAUUGGCACCAUCAUGGCGCCGCUGUGGGCGGGGUCUACCAUCUCCAUGCUGUACCUCAAUGUGGGGGUGCUAGUGGCUAUACUGUUUAUAUCACAGGUGAUGCUGUGGUUGUCCUUCAAGAGGCUGAAGCCUCCCCAGUCAGCUCCCUCACCCCCACCAGCAUCCAACCCUGGAGACAUCGCCACGGAGAGGCAGCCAUUGAUUGGAUGAACUCAUAUGUCAUGACUUGUCAGAGAUCUCAAGCCAUGCUACAGGGGUCACAACACUGUCACAGAAGCGGCCAUUAAUGGGAUGAAUUUAGAUCAGGGGUGUUCAAAUACCAAAAUUUCCCAUUUGUCGAAGGGCAAGUAAACUUCUGUUUGCCCAGUCUGAUUUUCAACUAACACUCCUACUAAAUCCUACUAUAAUAGUCUCAGGUGCCGUGAUUCGCUGUGGGAAUCCUAUGAUUGUGGGUUCGAAUCCCGGUUCGCCCUGAUUAUGUUUCUUGGUGUUGUCAGCACCAUAACCAUGCUCGUCGGUUUCACUAAAGUAGUAAGAGACCUUACUGAGACCUGCAUCACUUCGGGCUUUCCUCCCACAUUAAGCUGACAUGCCGCGAUAAAACUGGAAUAAUGUGCUAUAUUUAAUUGAGGUAUGACGAAAGGCCAUCAAUUAGCCAUCACUAAUGGGGGUAUGACCAACAGCUAUCGGUUAGCCAUAACUAUUAAUGGGGGUAUGACCAACAGCUAUCAAUGUGCUAUAUUUAAUUGAGGUAUGACGAAAGGCCAUCAAUUAGCCAUAACUAAUGGGGGUAUGACUAACAGCUAUCAAUGUGCUAUAUUUAAUUGAGGUAUGACGAAAGGCCAUCAAUUAGCCAUAACUAAUGGGGUAUGACUAACAGCUAUCAAUUAGCCAAAACUAAUGGGGGUAUGACUAACAGCUAUCAAUAAGCUAUAACUAAUUGAGGUAUGACUUAACGGCUAUCAAUAAGCUAUAACUAAUGGGGGUAUGACUAACAGCUAUCAAUGUGCUAUAACUAAUUGAGGUAUGACGAAAGGCCAUCAAUUAGCCAUAACUAAUGGGGGUAUGACUAACAGCUAUCAAUGUGCUAUAACUAAUUGAGGUAUGACGAAAGGCCAUCAAUUAGCCAUAACUAAUGGGGGUAUGACUAACAGCUAUCAAUGUGCUAUAACUAAUUGAGGUAUGACUUAACGGCUAUCAAUAAGCUAUAACUAAUUGAGGUAUGACUAACGACUAUCAAUUAGCCAAAACUAAAUUAACUUGUACUUACUGCAGGUUUUUUCCCACUGAAAUGUCCGUGUUCCGAUAUUCUUGGUUUUUAAUAUUUUUAUAUCGCAGUCACAAAAGGCCAGAUGAACAGUGAUGUACAGUACAUAUGUACCAGAUAUUUACAUUCCAUGUACUGUGUGAGUGUUUGAAUGCAUAGUCAGUUGUAGAUACUAUGACAAUGUUGUUUAUUUUUUGUUAGUGCUGUUUUGUGUUGUCAUAUGUUGAACAAGGGAGUCAGGAUCCAUAUUUGUCAUGUCUUGAGAGGGAUGACAAGUAGAAUUCACUAGAUAUUGUUUGGGAAAGUUGUUAUUUACACCUUAUCACAAUGAGCUUGUUGCCCAACAAGCUUGUUUUGUUUUUUGUUAUAGACCUUGAUUAUGGAAUUAUUAUCAUGCUUACCCUGUGACACCAGCCAAACUGUAAUUUCAAACAUUGCACGUUGUGGCAUUACGAUCGAGGCCAGAUAUUCCAGCCAAGUUCAGCAAGCGUUGAAACAGGACUUAUACAGUCAGUUAACUCCCUUGCCUGGGGAGGAUGACUUCCCACCAAUACAUACCGGUACUAAUACAUUAUGUCAUCAUAUUAAUACUUCAUCACGGCAAUACAACAGUGCCUAUAAGGUCAUUUAUCAUAUACCAAUCAAUGAUAUGAUAUAUCAGUAUAUGGUCUUUGAGCCAGCCUUCCGGUGACAAUGUCUUCCAAACAAGGUGAAAAUGUUUUCAUAUAAUUAGAACAAUGUUUUGACUGAUGUCAAGUAAAGGUUAUGAUAUUACGUGUAUAAGUUCCAUAGCAUCUUUAACACACUGGGAACCACAUCUUGCUUAUAACAUGGCCAUUCAUAUAACCUUCAGUGAGAUAUGUCACUUAUAGUUCAAUUGUGUGAGAGAUGCGAGGUAUAGUUAUGCCAUAUAUGUGACUGCACAAAUAUCCAUACCUCUGCAUAAUAUCCUAUCACUGCAUACAGAUACACGCAUUAUGCAAAUAAUACAUACACAACAUUGAAUGUUCAGUAUGAAAGAACAUGGACAUGAAAAUACUUACAUGAAAGUUUUACUCACACCACAACUCAUCUAAACGGCAUUAGAUUUCACAGUCUGUCUUGGGGGCACGGGUGGCCCUGUCGUCUAAGGCGUCUCAGGACGCAGAGUUGCUUCCCUUGGGCUUGCCAGAAACCUAUGAUUGUGGGUUCGAAUCCUUCGCCCUGAUUAUGUUUCUUGGUGU